GCGUCGAAGGUGAUUGAGAAGGAAGAAGAAUGAGCUGCCAGCUUUUAACUCUACGCCCCGCACCCUCACCCUCACCCAUUUCCAAAAGUAGCUCCAAAAACAAGCCAAGACCACCACCACCCCCUCUCUACCAAAGAAUCUUCAUCCCUCCCCAUGUCUACACGCACCCUUCAGCCAUACUCUUAGAACUCUGCACUUCCAUCAAAGAGCUUCACCAAAUCCUCCCCCUCGUCAUCAAAAACGGUUUCUACACCGAGCACUACUUCCAGACCAAGCUCAUCAGCCUCUUCUGCAACUUCAACAGCGUCACCGAGGCAGCACGCGUCUUCGACCCCGUCCACCCCAAGCUCCAUGUGCUUUACCACACCAUGCUCAAAGGGUACGCAAAAAACUCAUCUUUACGCGACGCCUUCAAGUUUUACGCUCGGAUGAGGCGCGAUGAGGUUGGGCCUGUGGUGUAUGACUUCACCUACUUGUUGCAGCUUUGUGGCGAGAAUUUGGACCUCAGGAGGGGGAGGGAGAUUCAUGGGAUGGUGAUAACUAAUGGGUUUCAGUCCAAUUUGUUUGCCAUGACUGCUGUUGUGAAUCUGUAUGCCAAGUGUAGGCAGAUUGAGGACGCGUACAAGAUGUUCGAGAGAAUGCCGCAUAGGGACUUGGUUUGUUGGAACACGCUGGUGGCCGGGUAUGCGCAGAAUGGCUUUGCCAGGAGGGCUGUUCAGUUGGUUUUGCAUAUGCAGGAGGCCGGACAAAAGCCGGAUUCCAUCACGUUGGUCAGCGUUUUGCCGGCUGUGGCGGAUGUCAAGGCGUUGAGAGUAGGAAGGUCUAUUCAUGGUUAUGCCUUCAGAUCAGGGUUUGAAUCUCUGGUCAAUGUUUCCACGGCAAUGCUGGAUAUGUACUUCAAAUGUGGGUCUGUGAGGAAUGCGAGGUUGGUGUUUAAGGGGAUGAGUAGCAGGAAUGUUGUUUCUUGGAAUACGAUGAUUGAUGGAUAUGCGCAAAAUGGUGAAUCUGAGGAAGCGUUUGCAACGUUUUUGAAGAUGUUGGAUGAAGGGGUGGAACCGACGAAUGUUAGUAUGAUGGGGGCUUUACAUGCUUGUGCUAAUUUAGGCGAUCUUGAACGAGGGAGAUUUGUUCAUAAGUUAUUGGAUCAGAAGAAACUUGCUUUGGAUGUGUCUGUUAUGAACUCUUUAAUAUCCAUGUAUUCAAAGUGUAAGAGAGUUGAUAUUGCAGCCUCGGUAUUUGAUAAUUUGAAACAGAAAACAAUUGUAACGUGGAAUGCUAUGAUAUUAGGAUAUGCACAGAAUGGGCGGGUAAAUGAAGCUUUAAAUCUAUUCUGUAUGAUGCAAUCUCAUGACAUCAAACCUGAUUCCUUUACUUUAGUGAGUGUAAUUACUGCUCUUGCUGAUUUAUCGGUUACCCGCCAGGCUAAGUGGAUUCAUGGAAUUGCUAUAAGAACUUUGAUGGACAAGAAUGUCUUUGUUUGUACAGCACUCGUUGACACGUAUGCGAAAUGUGGAGCCAUUCGAACUGCAAGAAAGCUUUUUGACAUGAUGCAAGAGCGACAUGUGAUAACAUGGAAUGCAAUGAUAGAUGGAUAUGGAACACAUGGCCAUGGAAAAGAAGCUCUGGAUCUCUUUAAUGAAAUGCAGAAGGGAUCUGUUAAGCCAAAUGAGAUCACAUUUCUCUCUGUUAUCUCAGCUUGUAGUCACUCGGGUUUAGUGGAAGAGGGCCUCUAUUACUUCGAAAGCAUGAAGGAAAUCUAUGGCUUGGAGCCUGCAAUGGAUCACUAUGGUGCCAUGGUUGAUCUCCUUGGUCGUGCCGGCAGGCUACAUGAUGCUUGGAAAUUCAUCCAGGAGAUGCCUGUCAAACCAGGAAUUACUGUUUUAGGUGCAAUGCUAGGUGCUUGCAAAAUCCAUAAAAAUGUUGAAUUGGGUGAGAAGGCUGCAGACAAACUAUUUGAGUUAGACCCAGAUGAUGGUGGAUAUCAUGUAUUGCUUGCCAACAUAUAUGCCUCUGCUUCAAUGUGGGACAAAGUUGCUAGGGUGAGGACUGCAAUGGAGAAGAAAGGGAUUCAGAAAACUCCAGGCUGUAGUUUGGUGGAGUUGAGAAAUGAAGUUCAUACAUUCUACUCGGGAAGUACUGAUCAUCCUCAAUCCAAAAGAAUCUAUGCUUAUCUUGAGACUCUUGGAGAUAAGAUCAAGGCUGCUGGGUAUAUGCCUGACACCAAUUCAAUUCAUGAUGUGGAAGAAGAUGUGAAGGAACAAUUGCUCAGUAGCCAUAGUGAGAGGCUUGCUAUUGCAUUUGGACUUUUGAAUACGAGCCGUGGCACAACGAUCCACAUUAGGAAGAAUCUAAGAGUUUGUGGUGAUUGCCAUGAAGCCACUAAGUACAUUUCACUAGUGACCGGAAGGGAAAUUAUUGUGCGCGAUUUACGUAGGUUCCAUCAUUUUAAGAAUGGAAGCUGUUCUUGUGGGGAUUACUGGUGAAUCAUUAGAUACCCUUGUUAUCAUCAUCCAAUCACGAUUCCUUCUACAAGUAUCUGUAAUUUGGAUCAAUCUUUAACCACAUCACCGGUCAUUCUAAUGCCACGUUUUAGCCGUGGCCAUGCUACUCUUUUCUUGAGCUGUAUAAUUUUUGAAAUCCACUAUAUUAUUGAGUUGUAUA